AUGCUUCCACCUAGACAACCAGGAUGCUCCACAUUAGCACCACCACCAGGAUCAGAUGCACCAAACAAGCGUGGCAGAGCUAAAGUCGUGUUAAAACCGGGCCAUGGGCCUCUCGAUUGGCAACACUUACAACAGACAAAAGGAAUGAAAGGAGAGUUGGUACACGGAGUAAAUAGCCAGAUCCCCCCAUUUAGGAUACAACCUCCCCUCCGUGUAAACAAAGAGAUCCUUCUUGCGAAUAAAGAAAACUUCUGGUGCGUUCUCAAUAGGAAAGUGUACUGUAUCAAGGAUUACUUGUCAUUCCAUCCGGGCGGUGAAGUAAUCUUGAAGCAAUGCGCGGGGAAAGACGCUACAGCACUAUUUAACAGGUAUCACAGAUGGGUAAACUAUGAAAAGUUACUCGAAACGUGUCUCAUAGGUAUAUAUGUCGGAUGA